GAUAUCUUUUUUUGUUCUGGAGCCAUUUAUGAAUAAGUUUUUUUUCUAAAUGAUAAAUUAAAAUGUUUUUAUUGUAACUAUCAUAAAUUAAUGCAUUGCAACACUUUAUAAACAUCUGUAUUAUGCUACUUAUAUCUGUCUAUUCAAAAAAUCAUUUACUUAAAUAUUGAUCGUCAAUUAAAAACGAAAUAAUCAUCAUGUCAGCUUAUUCUGAUAAUAGCGAGCUGUUCUGCUCCAACAACAUUUGCGAAAAGAAUGAGCCAGAGACAAUUUACAUAAAUUCUGAAAUUGAUAUGAAUGCUACCCAUAAAGUCUAUCUUAAGAACGAAUUUACAUUCCCGCAACUGGAUAAUGUCGCCGAUAAUCCUGCCAAGAGACGCGUAAAGAAUUUUUCCUUGCAAGAGAAAGUGCGAGUGCUGGACGACGUGAGGUUCGGACGGUCAAAGGCCGAGGUACGAAAAGAGUACGGGAUCGGUGAGAGCACAUUACGACGUUGGGUGCACGACGAGCAAAAGAUACGCGAUGCCCUGCAUGAUGAAAAUUCGAGCCGUAAGAAGCUCAGGAACGAAGAUAAUCCUUACGUAGGCGAGGCGCUCAUCGCCUGGUAUAACCGCUGUAAGCAACAGAACGUGCAAUUAUCCGGUCUCAUGCUCAGAGAAAAAGCUUUAGAACUAAAUAAUCUGCUAAGUGGAAAGGAAAAUUUCGCCGCAAGUAAUGAUUGGUUUAGCAAUUGGAAGAAGAAGUAUGGUUUGCCCGAUUUUACGUUCAAGGAGGAGAAGAAACCGAUUGAAGAUAGCGCGGUCAACCAAUUGAUGAUGACAUUGAGAAAAGCAGUUGAGGAUGAGUCUUUAUUACGAUGUCAGAUAUUCAAGUGCGAUAAAACGGCAUUGAAUUAUAAAUCAUUGCCAAAUAGAAGAUUCCCCGGCGACCGAAUAACAAUUAUGUCGUGCACUAAUGCGGAUGGAAGUUUCAAAUUGCCGCUCGUUGUGCUCGGCAAAUCGAUAAAAUCAACAUCACUCGUAAACUUACAAAAUAGCCUUCCUAUUUUUUAUUCUCAUCAAACGACUCUUUGGGUGGACACUCAUAUCAUGAAUGAGUGGUUUGAUAACGAAUUCGCACCACGAGUUGCCAAUUUUUUGAAAGAUCGUAAUCUCCCGUUAAAAACAAUUUUAAUUGCCGAAAAUGUACCAUCCGAUGCAUUUCAAAAUCGACCAACUAGUGAAUUACAAAUACAUCUUAUAUUGCACAAUUUGAGCUUAAUUGUAGGACCGUUCGAUAAUGAGAUCUUAGAAAGCAUUAAAUUAAAUUACGAAUAUAAGCUGUUGAGAUCGAUUAUUAGUGCUCAGAAUGAUGGUGAAAGUAUGUCCGAUCAUUUGCAAAGAAUAAAUCUACGUGAUUUUAUUUAUUGGAUUAGUAAUUCGUGGGACGAAGUUAGACUAUUAACUAUUGUAAAGUGUUGGGAAAAGUUUUUAACCAACACCGAAGAAGAUAAUAAGCAGUCUAACGAUUUUCAAGAAGUCAAUGUUUUUACCAUUUUUGAGACCUUAAGGGGUAUACGCGAAUACAGGAACAUAAGUGAAGAUGAAGUGGCUAAGUGGAUUGCGGAAAACAAUGAAUCAGCUAGGUUAUCGAUUGAUAACCAUAUAAUAGAAAUCGUUAAAGAUUCAAAUGAAGAUUUAAUCGAUGAUGCAGAAAAUCUGUGCGAGGAAAAUAAAAUUUUAUCGGCCAAUGAGGCUAUAAAUGGCUUAAAUGUUGCUAUGAAAUUUUUUGAACAAAAUGGAUGUGCAACUAUUUCAGAAAUGAUGUCACUGGUUAAACUAAAAGAUAAAGUGCUAACUAUAAAAAUUAAUACAACGUAG